GCUGCGGGCGGGACUGGUAUGGUGGUUCCACAGGUCAGACCCCGCUGCACUCACAGGGAGGAGGCGGCGGCAGCGGCGGAGGAAGGCGGUGCACCGCAGGAGGCAUGCCCAAAGAAAAAUACGAGCCCCCUGACCCUCGGAGGAUAUACACAAUUAUGUCCUCUGAGGAAGCAGCAAAUGGAAAGAAAUCUCAUUGGGUGGAGCUUGAAAUAAGUGGAAAAGUAAGAAGCUUAAGUUCAUCUUUGUGGUCACUGACUCACUUGACAGCUUUGUAUCUAAGUGACAAUUACCUGUCCCGCGUCCCUUCAGACAUUGCCAAGCUUCACAAUCUGGUGUAUCUGGACCUGUCCUCUAAUAAAAUCCGAAGUUUACCGGCAGAACUCGGAAACAUGGUAUCACUCAGGGAACUCCAUUUAAAUAACAACCUGUUACGAGUUCUACCUUUUGAGCUGGGAAAACUGUUUCAGUUGCAGACUUUAGGCCUGAAAGGAAAUCCACUUACCCAGGAUAUAUUGAACCUCUAUCUGGAGCCAGAUGGAACAAGAAGGCUACUGAACUAUUUGCUUGAUAAUUUGGCAGGUACUGCAAAAAGAAUUUCAACAGAACAGCCACCUCCAAGAUCUUGGAUUAUGUUACAAGAACCAGACAGAACACGGCCAACGGCUUUGUUUUCUGUCAUGUGCUAUAACGUUCUUUGUGAUAAAUAUGCGACCCGGCAGUUAUAUGGCUACUGUCCAUCAUGGGCACUAAAUUGGGACUACAGGAAAAAGGCCAUUAUUCAAGAAAUCUUGAGUUGCAAUGCUGAUAUCAUAAGUCUUCAGGAAGUUGAAACAGAACAGUAUUACAGUUUUUUUCUGGUAGAACUGAAAGAACGUGGCUAUAAUGGAUUCUUUAGUCCUAAGUCUAGAGCUAGGACAAUGUCAGAACAAGAAAGAAAACAUGUUGAUGGCUGUGCAAUAUUCUUUAAAACAGAAAAAUUUACUUUGGUUCAGAAACACACUGUUGAAUUUAAUCAACUAGCAAUGGCAAAUUCAGAAGGGUCUGAAGCCAUGCUGAACAGAGUCAUGACGAAAGAUAACAUAGGCGUCGCUGUCCUGCUAGAACUUCGAAAGGAAUUGAUUGAAAUAUCAUCUGGAAAGCCACAUCUUGGAACAGAAAAGCAACUUAUUCUCGUGGCUAAUGCUCAUAUGCAUUGGGACCCUGAAUACUCUGAUGUGAAGUUGGUUCAAACGAUGAUGUUCCUCUCAGAAGUGAAGAAUAUUAUUGAUAAAGCCUCGAGAAGUCUCCAGUCCAGUGUAUUAGGAGAAUUUGGAACUAUUCCACUAGUGUUAUGUGCAGAUCUUAAUUCUUUGCCGGACUCUGGUGUUGUAGAAUAUUUGAGCACUGGUGGAGUAGAAACAAAUCAUAAAGAUUUUAAGGAACUGAGAUACAAUGAAAGUCUUACAAACUUCAGCUGUAAUGGGAAAAAUGGGACAACCAAUGGAAGGAUCACUCAUGGCUUCAAGUUAAAGAGUGCCUAUGAGAGUGGCCUGAUGCCUUACACCAAUUACACAUUUGAUUUUAAGGGUAUAAUUGACUACAUCUUCUAUUCUAAGCCUCAGCUGAACACUUUAGGCAUCCUGGGGCCUCUGGACCACCACUGGCUAGUUGAGAACAAUAUCAGCGGCUGCCCACACCCGCUCAUCCCCUCUGACCACUUCUCACUUUUUGCACAACUGGAGCUCUUACUGCCUUUCCUGCCCCAGGUUAAUGGCAUUCACCUUCCUGGCAGGAGGUAGUCAAGUACCUUCAGAGGAUGACCUCAGUUUUACUCGUAAACUUGUAAAGAUUCUGAAUAUAGGGGAGUGAGGUAUGGCCACUAAGAUUUGUUUUUUCUUAAUGAUGAUUUGAGUUUUCAGUCUGAUCAUUUGAUAAGGAUAUAGUAUGAAAGCCAGGUGCUAGCAAACAAAUUCUGAGCCCAGUAUGCUUUAUAUACUGUUAGACAGGGAUUGGUGUGUUUGCACCUAUCUUUAAUUUGUUGCAAAUAAUUUUCCUGUUUCUUCUAUCCAAUAUAAUAUUUUCAUGCCUUGAAAUAGGAAACUGAACAGCAUAUUCUCUUUGCACAGAAAUCUGUAGCACUACUUUUUUGAGGCCAGUAAUAACAUCCAGAGAUCAUUCUUUCAUACUUUACUCCCUCCUUUUUCAGACUUGUUUGUAAAAUAUAGAAUUUGAAUUUAGCCUUUAUGAUUGUAUAUGAUCCACAAAAGACCUGAUUUAUGAAAUUUUGUACUAAAAAAAUCAGAUUUGGAAAUGAUUGUAUUGUAAUCUAAGGCUAAGUUUUUUUUACCUGUUUCAUGUGUUAUAAAGCUUGUAAAAGAAGUUGCAACAGACUUUCUCUGCUGAUGAUUUGCACUGUUAGGGUUUUGUUAGCCCUUUUGUACUACUUUGUUUUUAAAUUGAGAACAUUGCUCUUUAAAUUUAACUCUGUUUAAAGUUUAGGACAUUUGCUUGGACCAGAGACAACUUACCUAUGAAUUCCUGGAUUUUUACAAAAAACUAUUUACCAGGACAGAUAAUCUGAGUAGUGAAUGAUCUGAAGGCAUUUAUGGACUGAAUGUGUAAUGGUUGAUGUAUGUACAUUCUGAUCUUUUUAAAUCCGUAACUUUUUUAAGUUAAAAAAUUAUGGCUGCUUAGGUACAGCUUCUUAACUUCUUUUGAGACACUUCUUGUCCUAUCUCCACUGUGCCUGCCUGAAUUUGUUCCCACCAAGCACUGCCUGUGCAUGCAGAGAAAAUCUGUGCAUCCUCUUUUGUAUUUUUUAAAUACUGUUUAACAUUUGUGAGAGUUUUAUGAAAAUCCUUUUGUAUGAGCUAUGGGUUUUUUUCCAUUGUGAAGCAUUGAAUAUCACACUUUGGAACAUGUUCAUAGGGUGGGGGUCCCUGGGUCUUUGUUGACCAGACCCUAGCACUGCUUUUUGGCGUCAUUGCACAGUGCUGUUCAUCACCCAGAGUACUGCUAUCAUGUGGAUUCUUUUUGUUUUCCAUGUAUUCCUUAGUUUCCAUGUUUUUAAAAAAUCAUUCCCUUUUUUUAAAAAAGAAAAAAAGUAAUUUUCCAUUUAUGAAGCAGUAUAAAAUAAAUGAGAUGUAUUUUCAAAACAGGUCCCCAAGACAAUACUUCAGAUCAUUUUUAAAGUGACCAAGUCAUUUUAAUAUGUCAACCAAGAUAAAAGAUAUUAUACCUUGUAUUUUGCCUGUAGUGCCAUUAGUAGAAUAGAGGUUAAAGCCAGCUUUAACUUUGCAAAGUUAACUCCUAUAUGUUCUGUUCUCCUUCAUUCAUUCUCUCAAAAAACAAAUGAAUUCAGAGGGAACUUGGUCUAACUGCUUUUGUUUCAGCUGCAGGCAGGGAAGCAAAAGGACACCAUGUAUCCAGUGAGCAUUAAGAAGAGAAAUUGUUGAAUGUUAAUAACAGGUUUUAUACAGAGAAUGAGUCAUUUUGGAUAAUGACUUAAAAUUUUAUGAAAAAUGUUCAGCACUUAAAUGUGCUUAUUCUAAGAGAAAAUAAAAUUACAUACUGUUUAAGUAAAAGAUUCUUUUUAUUUUUUUCCUUUAAAAAGAAAUUCUACAAAAGGUUUUGAUCUUGAAUAUUUGUCUGGGACCUGGUUUUUCCUUUGAGGUUUGCUUUUCUUUUCUUUUUUUAAGAUUUUGUUGUGAUAGUUUUUAUUUUUCGCUUUUUGUUUUAAGUUGUGCUGACACCAAACACAUCUGGUUUAUAAUCAGUACGUGCAAAAGCUGGUGUUAUUCAUCAGAACCAAUGCAUAGCUUUCUUUAGGGUUUCUUUCUGGGUUUUUGUUUUUUUUGUAAAGUGUGAAUAAAAGGUGUGUUUACUCAUUUUUCCUAAACACUGUGUUGGUAGUGUGCAUCAUGACAAUUUCCAGCAAAGGCAAGCUGGAGCUGGUUGGACUGAUGAGAUGAAGGAAACUGCUUGAGCUUUAUGGAAGAAGGGGAGAAGCACUUACUCUGUUUUUAAUGGAGGAUGUAUUCUUUUCAUAGAUGCUGGAACUAGAGUGCACUUGUUAGAUGCUAAAGGUUUGAGCUUUACACAAGAUAUUUUCAUGUGUAUUUGUUAUUGUCUACAAAAUAUUUUAAUUUGGAACCAGCCUACUGAGAUAUAAUGGCUGGUUAUGUCUUGAAGAUAUUUGUUCUUGCCUCUUCUAGGCAUACUGCAUUCUGUGGGUCAGUUUGAACAGCUUCUCCACCUUAUUAGAUAGUGAUAAAUUGAACCAGGAGUGUAGAUUUACAAUAACCUUCAAAAGAGAAAAAAUAUUUUCAGUCUACCAGGAAUAAAUGAUCACACCAAAAUAGACUGAAACUUUGGUUAAGCAAGGUUUGUGUUUUAAAUAUUUUCUGUGUCCUGGAUAAUUUCCAGUAAUCCGUACUCUCUAAAAUGGAGUUAAAAAAAAAAAACAAGAAAAAAAAAAACUACUAUGCUUUCACAGUAUAGAUUUUCUUCAAAAAUUCUGUAACAAAUACAUUUAAUGUGGUGUUGCCAUAAUGUAAUUUCAGUGUUCUUACAGGAUAAAUCCAUCUUAUGAAUAUUUUGCAGAAAAUUUGGGGUAUAUUUUCUUUUUAAUGAUCAGAAAUUCAGAGGUGCUCAAUUCCUUGUAAAAUCUCUUGAAGUAUAGUUUAUGGUAUUAGUGGCUGUUUAUUUAUGCUUUAAGAAUUUAAAUAAUGUUCAUCAAAAUUAACUUAUGGCAUAAGUUGUAGAAAUAAAUUGUUUGAUUGCAACUUAACAGUCCUAGAAGAUAAGCAGGGAACAACUCCAAGAAAUGUUUUCUAUUUUACUUGAUUUGGUGACAACCAGGAAAACUUGAGUUAGCACUUUGAAACCUAAGGACAUGAUUAAAUUGGGUGGAAUGCACUUCUUAAAUGUUGAAAUUAAAAUUGCAAAGCUCUUCUAAGACGUCAGGUUUUCAAUAAUAAAUUUAAAUUUUAGUAUUCCACUUUUUACUACUUAAACUUACAGAAUUUCCAUAGUAACUUUUAAGGUUUUGGGGUUAUGCUAUACAAGUACAAGAACCAUCCUGGGCAAAACAACAAUUUACAGCAGAUUUGUUCUUUUAAUGAAACAAUAAGAAUACCUAGUAGAGAUGCUGCAGAGAAUUCAAAGAACGUUUAUAGCAAGUGUUUAUCCCCCACUUUUAAACAGUGUUUUAAGAUGUUCACUAUGCUCUUUUUGGUUACAUAAAUUUUAGUAACCGUUCUAUUGAAAUAGUGUCUAAAAUAGAGUAUCUAGUCUUUAUUCACAGUACAUUAUAUUAUGUAAUGCACUGGACUAACUUUUGUUUACCAUUCAUGUAACAAAACCCAGCACGUUAUCUGCACUAAACUCAAGGAAUGUCCCAUUUGCCUAGGCAGCUCUUUAAUAAGGGUAAUGGGAAACUGAAUAUGACCUAUGGACUGGUGGUAACAAGGGCUUUUACUGUUCUUUUCAGUGGAACCUUCAUUGUAACUAGCUAGUAUUAUAUUUAUAUACAGGGUCUCUUUUCUUUACUGAUGUAUUUUCCUACUCAUAGCCAACCAAUAAAUUCAAUUAUCUGUUUCAAAUAUUUUUAAAGUGUAAUUUGUAUAGCUGUAGUACUGAAGUUUGAGGAGACACAUGUUAAUCAGCAGACCACCUAUGUAAAAUUCUGAGUUGUCUGGAACAGAGUUGUAACUCUUUGAAAGGGAAGAGUGAACUGGGCCGUGAUAUGGGGAGAUGGUGUCAAAUUAAGGAUCUCCUUAUUGCUGUGUUAUCCUGUGUAACACAUCUUUGCCAAAGAUUAAUUUUAUAUUUAGGCAGCUGAUGGUCCUUUUGCAUUUAGGCUUUUUGUUGUUGUUACCAUAUACCUCAUAGCAUAAGAAAUGGGCUCAUGUGUCUUUCAUCCUUUGGAAUGAGCUUUACAUAUUUUGAAUAAAUGCUUUUAAAUACAGUAGCAAGCAUUGUAUUGGUGGGGUUAUACUAAUUAAAUGUUUUAAUUGUUACAUGUAUAUUUUGUUGUAUAUAUAAACUUUUAAAAUGUCUGAUUUCUCA